UCUAUUUGAACAGUGAAAAGCGGGCUCGCAAACAUUCGAGAGGGAAACAAAGAGAGCAAACAUCUCGCAGUUGUUAGACGAGAAAACCCGGAGUAGUUGAGUUUUUCACCGGGGUACCCUGUCAUUUACAAAAGGCUUCCGCCAUGUCUCACAAACAGAUCUACUACUCUGACAAAUAUGACGAUGACAAAUACGAAUACAGGCAUGUAAUGCUACCCAAAGAUAUUGCAAAGCGUGUACCCAAGACGCAUUUGAUGUCGGAGACCGAGUGGAGGAACCUCGGAGUCCAGCAAAGCCAAGGAUGGGUGCAUUACAUGAUCCACCAGCCAGAGCCACACAUCUUACUAUUCCGGCGUCCUCUGCCCAACCCAAAAUCAUAAGGGAGGUUCUCUGGGUCCGUGGAAGAUCAGUCCUACCAGUGUGCCACAGAUCGACUCAUCACAAUUACGCUGUCAGAUUACCAAGCUCUUGUGUGGUAGGUGACUGAUUGGGGCUGAUCAUGUUGGACCUGGAGAAGGACUGUCACGUUUACGAACAGUGGUUGUGGAAUGGAGUAUAUGUUGAAGAGAGGAAAAAAAGAGUUGAUGACCCUUCUCUUGGGGGGAAAAGACUUCUGCAUGUGUUGACAGCGACACGUCGUCUGCCAGAAACAUUCAAAUCAGCUUAAACUGUCCUUUGACUGAACUUGCUUGGAUGUUCCAGAUGUUUUAGAACAAUUGCUAUAAGACCUGGGAAGUGAAAUCUGGUCAAACAUUUGGAUUAUUCUAGCAGAGUGCAUUCAGGGUGAAGCUCAGAGGCCAGACUGAAUAGCUGGAUCCUAGAAUAUGUUAGCCUCUGAAACAUGAACCCGCGGUUUUUACGUGACAUGUUGCUGCUUGGUUUAAAUGACACUGUAAAUUUGACAUUUAACAAUAUAUUUUCAUGUGCAAGAAAAUCCGCAUCAAGGAGACGUAUACAAACUAAUUUUGAUCCCAUUUUCAUAAGAGCAUAUUUUUGACCUACUUCAGAACAAAUCUUUUCGAUGGGUCUGAUUUGUACCAGUGAGCUGCUCAGUAUUUAUGAAAUGUGUUGCCCGUACUGAAAUAAAUGUAAAACUUUUAAAUCUU